UAUGUUGUUUUAACAGAUUUUUGGAUUAAGUAACAUUGAUAAAAAAAUGAUGAGUUUAAAAAAAGCAUGUAUGGAUUUGAAAUCAUCACAUUAAACAUAGGAUCCUCAUUUGAAGUCGAUUACUAGAGCUUAGUAUAUAAUGAUAUUAUUAAAUAAGUUGCAUCAUAUCGCCAACAAAAUUUUUUUAUCUUAAAUAAAUUUCUAAAUAACUAUUUAUGAUAGCUGA